AUGUGGCGAUUUGUCAUUAAAUUACUGCUCAGUAAUAACAGGAAGCUGCAUAAUGGGAGCAGUGAGCUGCUCUCUGCCUCAGCUCCACUCAUGUUUUUAUUUGGCAACGCCAUCAGCAGCAUUCCAGAGGGAGCCUUCAACGGCAUUCCCAACCUGGAGUGGAUCAACCUGAAGAAGAACCGGCUCAGAUCAGAGGGCAUCGACCCCAAAGCCUUCACGGGUCUGAGGAUGCUGAGGCGUCUGUACCUGGACGGGAACCUGCUGGAAAUCGUGCCCCCUGACCUCCCCCCCACCCUGCAGGAGCUGAAGAUCAGUGAAAACCGACUGAGGGCCAUAGAGGACACCAGCUUCCAAGGUUUGAGCAGCCUGGUGAUUCUGGAGCUGGAGGGAAACCUGCUGAGUGAGAGCAACGUGGACCCUCUGGCCUUCGCCCCUCUGGCCCAGCUGUCCUACCUCCGCCUGGGGAGGAACCUCUUCCGCACAGUCCCUCAGGGCCUCCCAGAGUCCCUGCUGGAGCUGUACCUUGAGAACAACUUAAUAGAGGAAAUCUCGGAUACUGUUUUCAAUAAAACCAACAACCUGAACGUGGUUUCGCUGAGACACAACAAACUGGACGAGACCAGGAUCGCCCCUUUGGCCUGGAUCAACCACAGGAACCUGGAGUCCAUCGACCUCUCUCACAACGAGCUCUACAUGGUCCCGUCCUACCUGCCCAGGUCUCUGAUCCACCUGGUGCUGGUGGGGAACCGCAUAGAGAGGAUACCCGGUUUCGUGUUCGCCCACAUGGAGCCCGGUCUGGAGUACCUCUACCUGUCCUACAACCGGCUGGACGCGGAGGGCACCGAGCCCGAGUCCUUCUUCGGGACGUACCACUCCAUGGUGGAGGUGUGUCUGGACCACAACCAGCUGGCCAACGUUCCCUCGGGGGUCAACGAGAUGACCAGCCUGCACUUCCUCCGGCUGGACCACAACAGGAUCAGACUCAUCCAUGACGAGGCCUUCUGCGAGCCGGAUCUGAGCGGGGACAGCACGCUGGUGGCCCUGAGGCUGGAAAACAACUACAUCGACCCCAACGGGGUCUCCCCCUCAGCCUUCUCCUGCAUUAGGGCCUCCUCCAGUGUGGUCCUAAAGCCCCAGAACACCAAAUGA